GACAAUGUUUCACACGGAACAGACCGAGUGACUGUACUGAUGGGCGGAACGUAUUUUGAACUAUUAAAAGGGGCUAUCUAUAAUUAGUUUAUCUAGAGGAACGAAUACGUCGUAAAUGUUAUUAACUACUGUAAAUGUAACUCCAUGGUUCUUUGUUAUAUAGCUGUAGUCACAGAGUCACGAAAUGUAUCUCACAUUAACGUUUGUAACUUUGACAGAUUAAAUUUACAGAACAGACAGACACAGCUCGAUAUAUAGUUAUAGAUAAGCAGCAGUUAGCAACAAAACUCUUAUCAGGCGAAAAACAGAAAUGUGGGGUGAAAUCGAGCCAUGCUCUAAACCCAAUGAGGGUCAAACCACUUUCAGGUCUGGGACAGGUGCGAGGUGCCAUGACUCCCCAAAAAUAAAGCAGAAUACAGUAAUGUGGGGAGAAAUCGAGCCAUGCAUAAAACCUGUAACGUCUGCCAAAUGCGAUGAACCUACACCUGAAGAUAGAUGUCCUGCUAAGACUCAUGUUAAAGAGGGUCAAUCCACCUACAACUCUGGAUCUGGGACAGGUGUAGGUUGCCCAGUCUCUCCGAACCUAAAGGGUGAAUUAUCCAGCAGUCUAGCAGUAGCCAUGAUAGAGAUUAUAGCAGCCAGUGGGAGUCCAGUGAAAAGCCAACAGCUGGGAGAACCAGAGUUGACUGUAGAGGAGAAGAUGGAGGUCCUUAUGGAACAGUACAUAUCCAAGCCCUUAGUCUUUUUAGAGCGUUAUCAGGCCCAUCUGAAACCAGAGUACAUAGAGGCUUUCUCUCACCUGAGUUGUGACUGCAGGGCUCAGUAUUACUGCAAGGAAAUUCAGAGGCGGGCAUCCGGCACAGCCAACCGGACAAGGAUCCGUAACAAUCGUUACGCAGCUCUUCGUGCCCUUCAGAAGGAGGGCCAGUACUUCAGCGAGGAACAGAUGCGUGUGCGAGAUCCUCUGCUGUACGAGCAGUACAUAGGUCAGUACCUCAGUGAAGAGGAGAUCUUUCAGCGCUCUGAGGAGGCAAUGAGGAACGGCCCAGGGGGACUUGCUAACCUGCUUAUCAACUCCUACCAAGAGAGACUGAUCCAGAACCGUCUGGAGGAGGAGCAGGAGAGAGAGCAGUGUGCAAUGGAGGAGUCUGAGGAGGAAGACUUUGAUGAGCCCAGACAGGCAGAGUGGGAGCCAAAUGCAGAAGAGAAAGCCAUGCUGAGGGAAGAAUUCCUGACUCAAAUGCAUCAGCGAUUCCUGGAUGGAAAGGAUGACUUUAACUACAGUGAAGUGGAUGAGAACCCAGAUUAUGUUAACCUUGAUAUUGUAAGCCAUGAUGCAGAGGAGCGUUACUUUGAUGAAGAUGAGGAGGAGGAAGAAGAAGAAGAGGAUAUGAUGCAGUAGCCCUUCAUGUACAGAAUGAUCUCCAAAUAAAAUACAUUUGAUUUAAUUUACUGUAAAUUCUUUAAAACUCCUUUUCAGGUUUUUCAUUUUGAUAUUUUGCUUGUGUUAAAGGGAUGACCAAAAAGAGAAAUAUUUUUUAAGCUGUUGUUGAGAACACAUUUAAUAAAUUCUAAUUGUAACCCAGA